AUGUACUCCUACGCAGUGCGACAUUGGGCCAAACCUGCCGAUCCACAUGUUAUCAACCAUGCUGGUCUUACUCCACUUACUCUUGCCACCAAGUUGGGUAGAAAACACAUUUUUGAGGAAAUGCUCGAACUUAUGAAAGUGGAGUUCUGGCGAUUUUCUGACAUGACUUGCUCAGCUUAUCCAUUGAACACCUUAGACACCAUACAACCGGAUGGAUCUACCAAUUAUGAUUCCGCCCUCAUGACUGUCAUUAACGGUAACACUGCCGAACAUCUGGAUAUGAUUGGAAGUGAGGUCAUUCAGCGUCUGCUAGCAGACAAGUGGAAAGCCUUUGCCAUGCGAAAGCUGAUUGAACGAUUGGCCCUACUGGUGUUGCAGUUGAUCACAUUAUCCAUCGUAGUUUAUGUGCGACCAACUGAAACAGCUCGUCUAUAUAUGAGUGAUCCUCAGUGGGACGAUUGGGUAAGUUUUUGGAGAAACAAUCUCUAG